GAAAGAAAAAAAGGACGAAAAGGAGAAGUCGAACUCCCAAAGGGUUACUAUGCAAUUGCGACUGAUUUCUUGGUUUUUUAUCACUUUGAACUUUAUGGAAUACAUUGGCAGCCAGCACGCCUCCAGGGUACGGCGACAGGGAAGAAUGCAUCCUAACGUGAGCCAGGGUUGCCAAGGAGGGUGUGCUACAUGCUCUGACUACAAUGGAUGCCUGUCAUGUAAGCCCAGGCUCUUCUUCGUUCUGGAGAGGAUUGGCAUGAAACAGAUCGGAGUGUGUCUUUCCUCGUGUCCAAGCGGAUACUAUGGGACACGGUAUCCCGACAUUAAUAAGUGUGCAAAAUGUAAAGCUGACUGUGACACCUGCUUCACCAGAAACUUCUGCACAAAGUGUAAAAGUGGGUUUUACUUAUACAGUGGAAAGUGCCUUGAAAAGUGCCCUGAUGGGCUGGAAGCCAACAACCACACGAUGGAGUGCACCAGCAUCGUGCACUGUGAAACCAGUGAGUGGAGUCCAUGGAGCCCUUGCAUGAAGAAAGGAAAAACUUGUGGUUUCAAAAGAGGAAAUGAAGUGAGGGUCAAAGAGAUCAUACAGCAUCCAUCAGCAAGGGGAAAUCCUUGCCCAGCUACAACCGAGAGCAGAAAAUGUAUUGUACAAAGAAAGAGAUGUCAGAAGGAAGGAAAAGGGAAAAAAAAUAAGGAGGAAAAAAGGAAAAAAUCCAACAAAGAUGAAAGCAAGGAGACAAGACAGGAAGGCAAAGGGCGAGCAGCCCGAAGACAAAACCGAGAACAGAGGGAAAGCAACAACAAAACGCAGCCGAAGAAAAGGAAAGCCCCAAGCAAAGAACAGGACCUGGCACCAGCUGACACUGCACAUUAAUGGUCCUCCAUGAUUGUUUAAGUCUUAUGAUGCUGCUAUCUCUUCCAGAUCGCCCUGACAGGUGUUCCAACCAUUCAGGCCGCAAAUGGACAAUGCUACCAGUUAUUAUUAAACUUUAAACAACAUUCCAAAUACUUCCUAUAUUCUCCAAGCAACCAUAGUUUAUUAAAGAGAUUGACAUGAGCCAAGGAAAAAAAAAUCUAAAGAUGGGAUCCUUUAAAACUUGUUAUAUUAUAUGCUUCCAUGCAUCUGUAAAAGGCAAUUAAGAAAUUUUGUAUAUAAUAAUAAUAGGGUAUAAAAUAUAGCAAUAUAAUAAUGAAUGACUUUCAGAUGAACAAUGUUCUUUUUCUUUGUAAAAUAUUUUUCAAGUUAUUGUUUAAGUAUGAGGCAAGAGAUAUGUCUAAAUCAAAGAUGAAAAUCGUAUCCCUUCAUAUAUUGUACAUAAUUAAGAGAAGGAGGAAAACAUUUCUGAAGAGCCAGUAGGAGCCCAAGGUUUUACAACCUCUGGUGGAGCAGGAUGGGAUUGCCCUGUUUUCCUGGUCCAUGCUCCAGACAUGGGUGAGAAACAUCAGGAGAAAGCCAGCAGGGCUUCAGCUGCUGAGGGAUAAGAAGCAGAAGCAUCUGCAGCUUUGAAGACUGAAUCCCUGAGGCAGAAGGAAACUGAGCUGAGCUUGAAUAACGCUCUUAUCUGUGGACAACACAAUGUUUUCUGGUCUAAACAGUGGUACCGUGUGCUGUUUUAUGCUUUUUAUACCUAUGUGUAACUUAAGUCUACAUUUCAAAUCUUCUGGUGAAUGACAAAUCGUAUUUGUAGGAGACAACGUUGAGUUAAUAAAACCCAGAAAAGUAGAUCAUGUAAGUAUGUGUUUUUCACAGUGUUGGUGUCUUUUUCUGCUGGGGAAGGGAAUAAUUUCAUAGCUUCACAGACUGAAGAGGACACAACUUACACCCACACUGUGCAUCUAGCAAAAGAGUAUCCACGAAAAUAAAUUUACCAACGU